CGCCUAGAGCUGACUUCGGUGGUGAAAGCGGCAUGGACAUGUGAGAUUCCUGCUGGCACUUGAGGAUCCAGAGAUUCUCGUCGAAAACAUUCCGUUUUGCCCAUUAUAGGACUACUGUACCAUUAUUUCAACCCUGCAAAACUCGGGGCGAGUCCUCGGGUGCUCGGUUCUUCCUUCUUCCCGCAGUAUCCUACCCUUUCUCGAGGAUCAAUCUCAAUGUGCUCGAGCUUGACUACACCCGUCGGAGGAUGUGAGUAUGUAUCCGAAGGCAAUGGACUCGAGUGCGCACCAAAUCGAGGCACCGGUGCAGACAAAGUGCAGCACAGCCCUCGCCGUUCCGCGUAGCACCGGACGGGCCUCAAAUGCUCUCGAGCCGUGCGCGGGUUAGGACACGUUAUGGUUGACCGGCAGGGGACGAGGAGCGACCGGAUGCGAUAGGGGGCGGGCGGGUUCGAUCCAUGUCCCUGUUUUGUCGGAGCGCGAGAUCGCUUCCUCGAACGCCCGAGCGAUGACGCUCUUGGGAAUGGGUGAUAAAUGCGAGAGGAAAAUCGCACAGACGCUUACGACUUUGCAUGGAUGGCAACGCGUCGAGCAGGAGCAGGAGGAGGUCAUGGGAAGGGCUUGGAGGCUUGUGGGGAUUUCGGCUGGCGUUCUCAUUGGGGAAAAAGUGGGGCGGAGUAGAGUAGAGUGGGAAGGAAGUCGGAGAAGAGCGCUCGUUGUUGUUGUUGUUCAAGUGGGGCGGAGGACAAGAGUCGGAAAGGAGAGGAAGACGCCGGCAGGGACUUAAUAAGGGGCGAGAAAAAGCGUCAAUUAUGCAGCCGGGAGAUUGCUUGGUGGGGGCGAAUCAACGACACACGGUUGACAUCCUGGACGGGAUUCCAUAAUGGGAUGGGUCUGGGGAGCAUGCAACGGGAGAGGACCACCUCGUCCGGCUGCCAUGCCUCUUUCAUGAGACGGGGAGACUCUUGGUGCCGGGGCUGCUGCUCUUCUAUGAUUGCGAGAGUUCUGAGCCCUCCGGCCCUCGGCCACGGCCCUUAUUCUGCGCUUCAUUCUCAUUCAGCCAGCGCCAACAAACAGCCCUGCCCCAGGCCCCCCAGAGAGCGCUGCAUAGUGUAGAUGUGCCACGACCAAGCGCCUUGCUCAUCUGACUUCCAGCUCUUGAGGUGGGAGGGUGGUUGGUAGGUGAGAGAGUGGGCCACCCGGGGGCAUACAUUUUCUCCCUGUGUAGAUGGCCAUGAGCCAAAAACACCAACAUAUGCUUUUGCAGAUAUUAUGGUCGCCUCUGGAUGCUCCCCUCGCUUUCCAUUUCCUCCUUUCUGGACCUGGCCUCGUUCUUCCACAGUGAGUGGCCUCUCUCCAGUGCUCACUCUCACUCUCGCACUGUUGCUGAUUUCGUCUCGCCUCCAGGACACUUAUCUCGCCGGUCAUGGCAUUUCCCCAGCACCCUGCUCGCCACACCCCCACCUCACCCACCUCCUCCAGUCUCCUCUGCUUUUGUCUCAUCCUGUCGGAUAUUUUCCUUUUUAUUGUGUGCCAUUUUUGCUGCUUUCUUUUCGGCCAAUUCGCUUUUUCUUAGCAGGAUGUGGAGGAGGUGAUGCUGGUGCUGGCGAUCGGUUAGUUGCUUUUCUGGCUUGUUCUAGUAGUUCCCAAAAAUAGAGGGGCUUCGGCGAGAAAGGUAAAGUUAAAAGAAGCCCCGCUAGGGCCAAUGAGUAAAUGAAAGGUGUGCUUAGCUGUCUGGAAGUUCAUCGAAGCUCGGUCUUGUCCCUUUCCAUCAUCUGCGGACGGUCGUUCCGGCCGAGCGCCGGGAACCUGCGACGGGGAGCUUUCCCGGCGGCCGGAAGGCGACGAGUACGGAAGAUCUGAGGCAAAGGAUGACUCGUUCGAGCAGGACAGAAUCCGAGGCUCUGCGCCACGCCACGUCCACGCUGGCACGCCACUCAUUGACGGGACCGAAGAACCAUGUUCGGGGCUGCUCCAUGAUCCUUCCCCUUCCCCUGCCCGGGCGAGAGAACAUGGCGCAUGGCUAUGGCACUCCACUGCCCCUGCCCCUCCGUACGGACACGGUAGUUUCUGACCGACACCCGCAGAGGCCAAGAAGUUUUCCGUUGGUGGAUAAUGGGACAUUUCCGUUGCGGCGAAGCAGUUAUCGGCCGACGGAUCGGGCGGGCAGCGGAGGCGAAGUCGCAGCGUGGAGCUUUGUUUAUAGAAAGCCCCAGCAUUUGCCCCCCGGCGAAUCUGUCCAUUUCUAGAUAAAUCGCCUCAUUGCAGGUUCUGUGUCAGAGGGAUUGGCGGGGGGAGGCAGGCCAAGGUGGCAGAGCAAAUUUUCUCGUCGAUUGUUUGCGUAUGCGUUGUCCUGCUGCCUAUGCGAUAAGCCCCCGGCUCUUAUAUGGUUGUACCAUCGUGCGCCGCUCCGGUGGCAGAUGCAGCAGUAAAUUGAGGCCUCCAACAGUGACCCGUGGUUGCAGUAAAUGAAAGUUACUCUGUGCUCACUUGGUUUCAAUUCCUCACUGAGCGAGAGCGAGUCAGUGAGUCAGUCAUUGGCGGUGUCGGCGACGCUGUGUGUUCUCGCCAGCAGACGUUAAAGCCAGGCCCAGGGCCCGUUUGACCAUGGGGCUGCGUCCGAGCCGAGCUCCGGUGCCCGGUCCCGGGAGGCGAGAACAGGACCAGAGAGGAACAUCAUGCAGACAACCACCGCCUGCGAGUCCCGUUGGACGAUCCCCGGGGAUCUCAGCCCCUUCAUUCAUGAGCGACCGGUGGCGACCAUGUUUUGGCCACAAGCGUCGUACGGUACCUGUGGAGCGGGAAAGGCACAGCAGGCGGAGUCGCGAGGGUCGGAGGGACGUUGAAGGCAACUGAUACCUUCCGGUCGAGAAAGGCUAGGCUAGUCGUAGCCACCGGGAGCAGCGAUAGUGGAGUCAGUCGAGCCGGCCUGACAAGAAGCCGCAGGCGUAGACUGUUAGUCUACUCGCUCGCGAGCCACUGUCGCAGGCUCUAGAGCCCUAGCCGCUAGAGAAGAUCCACGGGAACAUAAAGAACUGGCGAAGCGUGAGAUUUGUUGCUUUUGCAUUAUUUCGCCCAGUCAGUUCCAGAGUCGCACUCACGCACCGGAUGAGGGAUCCAUCGAUGCACCCAUGAUCAUCCAUCGCUUCGCUCCCAGUGCGACUGCCUGAACUCGGGCCCUUGGGCUGCACUGCUGCAGCUGCUGCGUGGUGAUUGCAGGCGCUCGCUGGCAGCGGGGCAGGCCGAGCUGCGCGAAUCACAGCAUCGCAGCACAGACGGGCAAAUGUUUUGUCUGGGAGAGGCCGAGAAUCAUUAAGGAAACUCAUUGUUUUUCCUGCUGACCUCGCGUGGCCCGAGCGGCGAGCCUGGCCGAAGAACCAAGCGCUAUGAAGUGAGAGCAACAACCAGGUCCAAGAUAAGGAACGGAAAGUGAAGCGUGAGUUCCUCGCCUGCUGUGCUGUGCUGUUUCUCGAUCACCGGAUAACCAGACCGGGCCAACGGCCUCCCGUGAUUUAUUCCUCGCCAAAUAAUGUACUGCUAGCCCACCUUACCACUAGCCCCUCCUUUCCUCCCACACCGUCUUACGGCACUAUCAAUCACGCCUUGUCCUCAAGUAGCUUGUCCUUUGUUGUCCUGAGACUAUGACCCGAGUCAAAACUUAACCCUGCACCCUCUCUCCGAGAUGUGUCAUUCGAGUCACCGCCACUCAUCAUUCGCCACCUAAUCCUGCUGGCUCUGAAGCGGACGGCCACGUCAAAUGCAGCGCUCUUUCUUCCUUCAGUAAAUCCUGGGCGACAGAUCUCCUCCAGAGUCCCACGCUAAUUGCGCACCUACGAGUACGAAAGCUAAUCUCCGCGAUCUGGUCGACGGACUGGAAAUGGCCCAACCGGCACUUCUCUUCCUAGCCCCAUAUUGAAUGACCUCCACCUACUAAUAAAACUCUCCCACUCGCAGUCAGAACUCGCCAUUAAGUACUAGAGUUAGGCUAAACUGGCCGUCGAGAUAACGCCAUGGGAAAUCAGCUCAAGUUCCAAGGCUCGCGUCGCCACAAUGCACGUCGACGUACACUAAAAUGCUCGAGUAGGCUCGAUGGACGUAUGCAUAAGUGCUUAUUAUAUUGUAUGGCGAACCGGCCGAGCAUGCGACAUUAUUUAGCGAGAAAAGGCCGAAACGAGGGGUUUGGAUUAUAUGGACAAACUUUUUUGUCCUUUUAACACAUACCGCAGUACGAGC